AUGGCGCUCCCUGGAGCCUGCGGGACACGGCGGGAGGUCAGCCGGGCGACUGCAGAGGGGCUACAGGACCCCACUUCGCAGACACCCCGCCUGGAGGUCACUGGCACCCAGGAGGGGAUGACCCCAGGGACAGCCUGGCCGGGACACCUGGUGAUGGGCUCACCGGGACGGAGAAGUCACCAGUGCGAUCGAGCACUGGGUGGCAUCCCAUCCCAAAAGCUGGGGAUACAAACUCGGGAGCCAGACACGAGCACACACACCCAGGCGAGACACCUGCAGAUCCACAGCCCCGCACGCGCGGUCCCCGCCGCCCCUCCGCUGUCACAGCCCCCUCCACGCCGCCACGUGCGCCCGCCCCGCCCGCCCAGCGCGCGCGGGGCCAAUAACCGGCUGUUGCUGGGGCGCAGCCCCCGCCCGCGGGAGCCACAGCCUCCGCCGCCCCCUGUCGCCGCCCCCGGCGGGCGCGCGCUCUGGGUGUGGCCGAUCCUCGGUGCCACCCCCCACCCCGACCCUCCCGCAGUGGGACUCGGGGGACUCGAGCGAGCCCGGGGCCACGCUCCUCCCCGGUCUCGCUAG